AUGGUCGUUAACAUCACCAAUCUCGCCAGCCUGCGCGCCGCCGUCACCGCGAUCGGGGCCGACAUGCCUCCCAUCGGCGGGGUGAUGAACGGGGCCAUGCUCCCGCGAGACCGGCUCUUCCAGAACAUGCCGUGGGUCGACUUCGCGGCCGUGCUGGCACCCAAAGUCGCCGAAUCUCGGAACCUGGACGCCGUCUUGUACGAGGACGAAAAGAAGGAGCCACUUGCCUUCUUCAUCUGCCUCUCGUCCAUCACGUCCAUCGCCGGGAACGUGGGGCAGUCGGCAUACGCGAGCUGGCCGCGUCGGUCCCUCCGGACGCGCUAUCACAACCAGGCGGAGCCGGAUCUGCACGCGAUGAUGGCCGAGGCCGUUGUCGGCGGCCGUGACAGUGACGGUGACAGUGACGGUGACAGCAGUCACAGCACGGCCAGUGGUAAGCUCAUCACGGGCCUGCGCACCGUGUUCGAGGGCGAGAAGCAGCGGCCACAAAACCCGCAUCUUGCGCUCUAUCUCCGGGACGACGGGGGCGAUGAUUUAGACACCAGAGGAGAGCGUGGUGCGGCGGCGAUGAGCGUGCAGGCACAGCUGACCGAGGUCGGCGCCGAUAACGACGCGGGCCAGCAAAGAGCCAUGUUGAAGAAGGCCUUCGCAAUCGCUCUGGGCAGGCUGCUCGAGAUAGACCCGGCUACGAUCGACCCGGUGGCCGACACAGUCGGGUACUCUCGGACCUCGUCCAAGGUCGUAAGGCGAGAGCCUCUGCAGGAUGGCGAGGUUGCCCUCGCCGAGGCGAAGCAAUGGACCGUGGGAGCAAUGUGAAUGGCUUCAAUUACGGCUUCCAAAAGCUCCAAUGUUACCUCUUGAAGUGGGAUCCACGAAUCCUGCCCACUGGUGUUGUUCUGAUCGGAGACCGGCUCGCGCGCCAAGACAGUCCAAGCGCUUCCAGGCUGCACCACACUGCCACAAACACAGCCACCCCCGCCGGUGAGAAAUAAG